AUGUAUGUGAAAUGGUUUGAUACAGUAAUGUUUUACUAUGUGAUUUUAGUGAUUUUAGUGAAUGUCACUUUUUGUAAUUUUCAAAUUUCCCACUGUUCCGUCCCCAGUAUGUCCUGAUGCUCGCAGGGAACGGAACCCAGAUGACAGAUGCCGGCAUCCGCCGGAUUACAUUGUCGGGGACCCUGCAGGAGGGACGUCGCGGGAGCACAGGACAAGGUAAGUGACCAGCGCUGCAGGGUAUUCCCGAGUGUAGCUCGGGGUUACCACUUUUGCUACACUCGGGAAUACCGCCAGGGAGGCUACGUG